AUUUCUCCCCUCCCUAAAAAAAAAACUUGUAGCCAAUCAUCUGUGUGCCAGCCCCCCAGGGGCAGGGCUGUCAUUGGCUGAAAGUUUCUAAGGUGAAAUAGAAGAGGAGAGUAUUUAUUACAGAGACACGGAGAGAGAGUUGGAGAGCUGAGCUUGAAAUUGCCUAGGUGAAAUUGGGAGCCUUAAAAACUUUCCAAAACCAAGGAACUGUUUUUCUUCUUCUGAGAGGCAGAGAGAAAGAGGGGACAGAGAGGGGGCUAAUAAGACUAACUCCAAACUUUUCCAGCCCCUUUUGACUAUCCUCAGAGCUGGGUCCAUGCACGUCUCUGAGAGCAGAUCGCUGCAGCAGCAACUUUGCAGUGGGCUGUGAACAAACUUUUUUUUUCCUCCUGCAGGCUGCUGUUCACCACGCAAAACUUUCUUGUUUCUUUUGCAAAGUUUUUGCUGCCUUCCUUCUCUCCCCCACCCCCAACUCCCUCCUCCAUCUCUUCCUUGCUUCCUCCACCACAAACCCAGCCGGUUUUAAAGCGGCUUUGCCACUUUAUUGUUAUUUUUAAUCCCUCCCUCCCCCCUCCUUGUCCCCCACCCCCUUGAUUUUCAUCCCACUGUUUUUCCCCUCUGCCGCUUUCUCGCAUGAAUCUCCUAGACCCCUUCAUGAAAAUGACAGACGAGCAGGACAAAUGCAUCUCUGGCGCCCCUAGCCCCACCAUGUCGGACGACUCCGCGGGGUCCCCCUGCCCUUCUGGUUCCGGAUCGGACACUGAGAACACCAGACCCCAAGAAAACACUUUCCCCAAGGGCGAUCCGGAUCUGAAGAAGGAGAGCGACGAGGACAAAUUCCCGGUGUGCAUCCGAGAGGCGGUCAGCCAAGUCCUGAAGGGUUACGACUGGACCCUGGUCCCCAUGCCGGUCCGUGUGAACGGAUCCAGCAAAAACAAGCCCCACGUGAAGAGACCCAUGAACGCCUUCAUGGUGUGGGCACAGGCGGCCCGGAGGAAGCUGGCGGACCAGUAUCCGCAUCUGCACAACGCAGAGCUCAGCAAAACGCUGGGCAAGCUCUGGAGGUUGCUGAAUGAGAGCGAGAAGCGCCCUUUCGUGGAGGAGGCCGAGAGGCUGCGGGUGCAGCACAAGAAGGACCAUCCCGACUACAAGUACCAGCCCCGGAGGAGAAAGUCAGUGAAGAACGGGCAGUCGGAGCAGGAGGAGGGCUCCGAGCAAACACACAUCUCCCCCAAUGCCAUUUUCAAGGCCCUGCAGGCAGAUUCUCCUCAGUCUUCCUCCAGCAUGAGCGAGGUUCACUCUCCCGGGGAGCACUCUGGGCAGUCCCAGGGGCCCCCGACCCCUCCUACUACACCCAAAACAGAUGUCCAGCCUGGGAAGCAAGACCUGAAGCGAGAAGGGCGCCCUUUGCAGGAAGGAGGAAGACAGCCGCCCCAUAUUGACUUCCGGGAUGUGGACAUUGGGGAACUCAGCAGCGACGUCAUCUCCAACAUAGAGACCUUUGAUGUCAAUGAGUUUGACCAGUACCUCCCACCCAACGGUCACCCUGGAGUCCCAGCCACUCACGGGCAAUCCGGUCAAGUCACCUAUAGCGGCAGCUAUGGAAUCAGUAGCACAUCAGCCACUCAAGCUGGAGCCGGGCAUGUUUGGAUGUCCAAGCAACAGCCGCAGCCACAGCAGCCGCCGCCACCCCAGGCCCAGCCCCAGCCACAGCACACAAUGACCACCCUGAGCAGCGAACAGGGCCAGUCCCAGCAGAGGACACACAUCAAGACGGAGCAGCUCAGCCCCAGCCAUUACAGCGAGCAGCAGCAGCACUCCCCUCAGCAGCUCAAUUAUAGCUCCUUCAACCUCCAGCACUACAGCUCCUCCUACCCGACCAUCACCCGCUCGCAGUACGACUACACAGACCACCAGAGUUCCAACUCCUACUACAGCCAUGCGGCCAGCCAGAGCACCAGCCUCUAUUCCACCUUCACGUACAUGAACCCCACCCAAAGGCCCAUGUACACGCCCAUUGCAGACACUACCGGAGUCCCUUCCAUUCCCCAGACCCACAGCCCACAGCACUGGGAACAGCCUGUCUACACACAGCUUACCAGGCCAUAAGGGUGACAACAACAACAACAAGAGAGAAAAAAGAACUGUCUCCAACUUUUUUUUUUU